CUUAAUUAAAAAAAAGACCAACGAAAUGAGUUCUGAACCAGUAAAUACAGACAUAAGUCAACCUAGUACUAGUAGUACUAGUUCGAAGAAUACUGCUAUAUCCGAACAAAAUGUUAUUGAUCCUCGGAAUAAUGAUAUUGGGUUGUUUGUAAAUGCUACUAAUUCAACAGAUAUAAAAGAUUUUGAAUCUCUAGUUUCUUUCUAUAUUCCUGAAGUCGAUACUGUCACAGCUAACUGUGAGCUUCAAAUUUGGAAACAAAAACUUAAAGGGCUAGUAACAAAUAUAAAUGAAAUGCUACCUUCUAAUGCAUUGGAUGCCAUCAGGUGUUGUGACCCAAUCAUAUUCCCUAAUAUAUUUAUGUUAUUAAAAAUUUUGUGCUGUCUACCUGUUUCUACUUCAACACCAGAAAGGUCUUUUUCUGGCUUAAAAAGAAUAAAAACCUACCUCAGAAACAGUAUGAAAGAGGUAUGUAUUAUGUAUAAACAAUAAAUUCUAAUUAACCUGAUUAUUUUGAUUUCAUUUUAUUGAAUUGUUUGUCAAACAGGAUCGUCUCAAUGGUUAAGUGUUACUGAGUUAUUAUAGGAAAUAUGUUGUUAUCACGCCAGAUGAAGUAUUAAAUGAAAUGGCAAAGAAGCCGAGAAAAAUUGACUUAGUGUUAUAAUGAAAAUAUAAUGUUUUAUUCUCACUCUUUUGUUGUUUUACUCAAUGUAAUUUUUUAUAGUAAUAUCCUCUAUAAAAUUUCUAUCUAUGGAACUGAACCCUCCCCAUAGAAAAUUCUUAGCUACGGCCCUGGCCUAUCUGAUAAUAUAAUGAUCGCACAAUCACAAGCUAAUCUUGCGGACAAGGUCGGAUGAGAUGGUUAUACCUGCGUACAUUAAAAUAUAAUAUCAUUUAGACUUAAAAAUACAAUGAUUCCACAGCAUGUCACACCCAAAAGGAGUUGAACAUAGUCUUAUUUUGCAGCUAGUCUUAUAUAAAAUUAUAUUUUUUUAGAUAUUUUGGUUAUUGGAUGAACCACUUACUAUGCAUUUACGCGGAAUAUAUUUUUAAUCCUUAGCUAUAAAAAUUG